AUGGCAUCAGCUACCGAGUCCUCCCCCCUCCUCCCUCAACACAACCAUACAUCUCCCUCCAAUACGUCACCGCGAGGAACCCGGCCGCCACGGACAGUGACGUUCAAUCCGCUUGCUACCGUCAGUACAUACCAUGAUUACACCUCUGCAGAUCCCACAUUCAAACCUUUGAGUUCCGGCUCAGGUUCAAUGUCAAAUUCGUCUACCCAGCCACGGCCGACCGGAUUCUCCGCCCUCAACAGCAAGCUCCGCCGUCGCAACAGCCAUGGAGCUCCUGGCACGACUUCUUCCUCCUACCCAGCACCAAAAGUGGGCCCUCAAAGAACGACAAAAACAGCGCAGAAAUUGAAGCUCUUACCCGAUCCUAUAACUGAGGAGGAAUUGGUCGAUGACGAGACGACACCGUCGGAUGUUUACAGGCAGAUUGCGCGGAUCAAGGAACCUGCUGCCCGCAGUCUCGCGGCACGGUUGGGAAAGGCAGAUAGGGACCGGUUACCGCGCGUAACAGCCUACUGCACGGCCAAUUCCUAUCGGUUGGAUGGAGUUUUCAGGUUCUUGAAGUCACGGUCGAAAACUCGCGGUGCCUAUCCCAAGUUGUUCGACGAGUGUGUCUAUUCGCGGUUUGACUACCAGUACGAGGAGAAGCAGAAAACUGUUGGGAAUUCGUCCACAAGCGGGUUCAAUGCGGAGGAUGACGCUCACACAGUCGAUCGGAUGCCUAGGGAGCGCCGGUUCUCCGACAGUGCGGUGGAGGUCGGCGAGAAUAUCGUAAAUCGAAGGGAAGACCUCAUUGACUUGCACGAUCCGCAGUCUCUUUCUUCUAAUUUGGGCACUGAGUCGGAGCCUAUCUCUGCGGUAGACAAUAACCCCGACAUUGACACUACAAUUCAGACACCAGAGGUAUUCCUUUUCGAUUACGGCACCGUGGUUAUUUGGGGUAUGACUCCUGCGCAAGAGUCCCGUUUCUUAUCAGACAUAUCAAAAUUCGCAACAUCAAUUUUGAGCCCGGAAGACACCCAGGUUGAAAACUUCAACUUCUACUAUGCUCGCGAAUACCAGGCCCGGAUAUACAACGAUUUCAUCUCACUGCGAGAACCCCGAAACUACAUGAUCAAACUCGCCAUUUCACACGCCCUCGCCCAGUCUGUCAAGACUUCUCUGUUCGAAGACCUCGUGUCUGAGACAAUCGCAAACACAGCACCAUUGCCCGCCCAAAUCGCACAGACUGGAAGCGUCAAUCUAUCAAGACGACAGAUCAACAUGCAAGUUGGAGAGCUUUUUAUCCUCCGUAUCAAUAUCCACUUACAGGGCUCUGUGCUGGACAGUCCGGAAUUGAUGUGGGCUGAGCCGCAGCUGGAGCCUAUAUAUCAAGCUGUCCGGAGCUAUCUUGAGAUGGACCAACGCGUGAGCCUAUUGACCGAGCGGCUCGACGUCAUAGCAGAUCUGCUCGCCGUGCUGAAAGAUCAGUUGACUCACCGGCAUGGUGAGUAUCUUGAAUGGAUCGUCAUCGUCCUCAUCGCGGCAGAAAUCCUUGUCGCAGCCAUCAACAUUGUCGUCGACUUAUAUGCCGGUGUCGACUAG